CCGCGAGGGCGCCUCUGGCUGUCAGAGCUGGAGCCGGGAGACUGAGCCGAAAGCCGAGCGAGUCGGCCAUGGAGAGUCACCGCUGGCUGCCUCUGGAGGCCAAUCCCGAGGUCACCAACCAGUUUCUUAAACAAUUAGGUCUGCAUCCCAACUGGCAAUUUGUUGAUGUGUAUGGAAUGGAACCUGAACUCCUUAGCAUGGUACCACGACCAGUUUGUGCGGUAUUGCUUCUCUUUCCAAUUACAGAAAAGUAUGAAGUAUUCAGAAUAGAAGAGGAAGAAAAAAUAAAAUCAGAAGGACAAGACGUCACAGAAUCAGUGUAUUUCAUGAAACAAACCAUCAGUAAUGCCUGUGGAACAAUUGGGCUGAUCCAUGCCAUUGCUAACAACAAAGACAAGAUGAAUUUUGAAUCUGGAUCAACAUUGAAAAAGUUCUUGGAAGAAUCUCUAACUAUGAAUCCUGAAGAAAGAGCCAGAUACCUAGAAAAAUAUGAAGCUAUUCGAGUUACUCACGAAUCGAGUGCCCAUGAAGGUCAGACAGAGUCGUCCUCGCCAUCCUCAUCCCAGCCUCAUUCUAGCCACUGCAGAACGAAGGCCUCACCAUUGUGUCACCAUGCAUCCCUGCCCUGGGUCAAACGUAACCAUGUAGGUCCAGCAAAGGCUACCAGUCCAUCUCUCCGUCUUCGUCGCUGGCGGCCCUUCUUACGCCUGCCGUCUGUGGGGCUUCAUUCUGUUGCACCAAGUAUAGAUGAAAAAGUAGAUCUGCAUUUUAUUGCAUUAGUUCAUGUAGAUGGGAAUCUCUAUGAAUUAGAUGGGCGCAAGCCAUUUCCAAUUAACCAUGGGAAAACUAGUGAUGAUACUUUAUUAGAGGAUGCCAUAGAAGUUUGCAAGAAGUUCAUGGAACGGGACCCAGAAGAAUUGAGAUUUAAUGCAAUCGCUCUUUCUGCAGCAUAGCUUAUGCAUAGUGGAAACACCAGUACUGUAUUAUUUGUAACAAAAAUAAAAUUCCUCCUGCCAUAUGCCAGUACUCACAAAUUUUGAUAUUUUCAUGAAGAUAUUGAAGAUACUGACCAAUAAUAGUUUAUGUGGAUUAAACUUUGAAUUAAUCUGUU